AUGGAUGAGCUGGAUUUGUUACUGGAGGAGUUGGCUCUGAAUCCAGCAGGUCUUGAGACAGCACCGUUGUCCAGGAGCAGUGAGGCGUCUUCCUCCGGUGGAGAUGAGUGUCCGGACGGGGCGCUUAAUGCCAUGCUUGCUACCAAGGGAGGAGAGGCCGCUCGAAGGUACAACGUGUACAGUGAUCUUCCAGCUCCUGUGCCGGUGCCCCCGAGCCCGGCAUCAGCCAACAAGGAGCUGGACGCCCUCAUGGAAAGCCUGCUCGACUUUGACCAGCCUCCGCCAUCCCCCUCAGCCCCUCCACCACUCGCACGAAAGCAGUCGGCGAAGAAGAAAACGGAGGACGGACAGCUUGACAACAAGGGGAGCAGGACCCCCACCCCAGGCUCAGACGUGACCACCCCGGACAGCAGCAGUAAGACGGAUGCUAUAGAUGACUUGCUCGGAGGGCUGAGCUCCGACUUGGAGAAGAUCGGUGUCCACACCGUAGCCAAGGGCCACUGUGCUUCCUGUGGCAAGUGCAUUGUGGGAAAGAUGGUCACAGCCCUGGGAGAGGUGUGGCACCCGGAGCACUUCGUGUGCGCGGUGUGCAAGAUGGAGCUGGGUUCCAGAGGCUUCUUUGAGAGGGAGGGGAAGCCUUACUGUGAAAAGGACUACCAUCACCUGUUCUCCCCUCGCUGUGCGUACUGCAAGGGACCCAUUCAAGAGAACAUCCUGACGGCCAUGGACCAGAGCUGGCACCCAGAGCACUUCUUCUGUGCCCAGUGUGGAGACCGCUUUGGACCCGAAGGUUUUCUGGAAAAGGACGGGAAGCCGUACUGUACCAGGGACUUCUACCAGCUCUUCGCUCCAAAGUGCUCAGGCUGUGGGGAGCCGGUGAGGGAGAACUACCUGACGGCGGCCAAUGGCACUUGGCACCCGGAGUGCUUCGUCUGCUCGGACUGUCUGAAGCCCUUCAAGGACGGCAGCUUCCAGGAGCUGGACGGCCGACCCCUGUGCUCGCUGCACUUCCACUCCCGCCAGGGGACUCUGUGCGGGGCCUGCAGGGAGCCCAUCAUGGGCCGCUGCAUCGCCGCCCUCGACCGCAAGUUCCACCCGGAGCACUUCGUGUGUGCCUUCUGCCUGUGCCAGCUCAGCCAGGGCGUGUUCAAGGAGCAGAAGGGGAAGCCGUACUGCUCGGGGUGCCACACCAAGCUGUUUUUGUGACCGACACAUGCAAGUGUGCAGAGGAUGCGACGCCAUUCGCGAGAGGGAAACGUGCCCUUGCAUUGUGUAGCUUUGUGUGGCCGGGGGAUUUCAGAGAGGAGCAGUUGUUAGAUACGCCAGUAGGCAGUGCAGUUUAUCAAGGUAGUGAAUGCUUUUUUUUUUUUUUUGGAUUCCCCCUCCUCCUUUUUCUCCCCAAUUAAAUGCGGCCAAUUACCCCACCCUCUUCUGAGCCGUCCUGGUCGCUGCUCCACCCCCUCUGCUGAUCCGGGGAGGGCUGCAGACUACCACAUGCCUCCUCCCAUACAUGUGGAGUCACCAGCUGCUUCUUUUCACCUGACAGUGAGGAGUUUCCCCAGGGGGACGUGGAGCGUGGGAGAAUCACGCUAUUCCCCCAAGUUCUCCCCCUCCUCCCGAACAGGUGCCCCGACCGACCAGAGGAGGCGCUAGUGCAGCGACCAGGACACACACCCACAUCCGGCUUCCCACCCACAGACACGGCCAAUUGUGUCUGUAGGGACGCUCGACCAAGCCAGAGGCAACAUGGGGAUUCAAACCGGUGAUCCCCGUGUUGGUGGUAGUGAAUGCUUCUGAUCUGAGAAGUAAGAGAGAAAAGAUUUGAACGGCACGAGUCUGAGGCUGGAUCAAGUUGAGCCAAGGACACGUGCACGAGUCAGCCCGACCUGAACCCAACAGCAGAAAGCAGGUCGUGUCUUACAACCAUGAGCCGAACGGUACGUUUUAUGGCAGCAUUAACCUGUCACUGACUCAGAGACUACCAGUCUGAGAUUCUGAUCACAAUCUCAUCUGUUACGCAUCAAAUGUUCAAAACCAUAUGGAGCGCGCGAGCCAAGCGUUUGAAGAAUCACUGGUACUUUCUAUAGCGAGAUGAGUAAUUACAAGAACAUGUGUUAUCUUUAUCCCGACAUGUAAGUCAUUACCAACUGGCCACCAAUAUAAUUUUCCAUCACCAAGACAGUACUCUGUAAUAGAUGAACAACUGUCUCCCAGUCACCGUUUCAAGACUCUUUUUGUGCCCUGAUAUUGUCAUGAGGUUCAGGCAGGACGGCCUUCUGAAACAGACCUGGCAAUUGAGUCGUUCGAUGGGUUUUAGAUUUGCAGAUAUUAAAAGUGAUAUGUACUUAUAGCAAAAAUUACCAAGGGGGGAAAAUGUGAACGGGGUAAAACAAUAAAUCUCCCGGUUGUGAAACACGCAGAGAUGCCUGUUACCCAUGACAAAAACACUGAAUGAAAUUUUAAAUUUGUGAACUUUGGAUGGCUCAAAAAAGGUGCGCCGCCGACACUUAAAUUAUAUGGGAUUCAAUACAUCAUGAUCGCAUAACAUUUAUAGAGGGAGAAAGAAUAACAGAAAAGUGCAGAGUUUUUCCUGCAAGGAAAAUCCAUGGUUUCCAGAAAGCCAUCCGCAGUUUGCCAGCGCUGGCAGGCUGGAGAGUUUCUCUCUGGCACCGUGCAGACUACACAUUCGGACUGCAGUCUGUCUGGGGGGCUUGUCUUUUACAGGCCCAAUAGCUUGUAUUGGCAGCCGCUGGCAUGAAAUCCACGGCGCUAAGCUGGGUUUCCUCUUACCCAGACUGACCAUUUGUCCUCUGGCACAUGGCAGGUUCAGGACUCUCCACACUGGCCCCUUUUAUUGCAGCGUGUGAAAGAUUGACGAAGGUGCUGAAAUGAACCAAGUCGGGUUUCAGUGGACGCUCCCUCGCAUUGCUGUGUCCACCUGGCUUACUCAGCACCCGGCUCUAAACGGCGCUGCUUAACUCAUUGCACAUUUUCUCCCCAAAUCACAUUAACGUCAGCAAGGUGCCAUGCAUCGUGAUAGUGCUACUUUUCCCCGGCAUGGGACCGAAAAGAGGGUCUGAAGUUCAGAUGAGGAUCAUGUCUACUGGUUUUGCUGGGCCUGCAGUCAUAACUCCAGAGGCACCCUUCCUCCCUUUUAAAGGAGGCAAUAUUGACCUGUAAAGGCCCUAUAAGUGGGCAUUAAUCAUGCUGUCAUUACUACCAGAAUAAGCCCGCUGUAGUCCGUACCGAUGAAGAAAUCUUGCACCCUGGGAAUGUGUGAAUAUCCUCCGUUUUAUCAAAGCAAUAAAACAU